UGAGGUGUGAUCUACUAUUGUUCCUUUCGAAUCUACAUCGAAAAAGCAUUGACAAGAGAGCGACUUUUACUAUCUUGUUGGUCGAUAGAGGCCAGCGUAGAUAAUUAUAGCUCGGUAGACACUGGUUGUAGAGCGAGAGGAGUGAUCCGUGUCCUGCGUCAAAUGUAGACUUCCUUGCUCCUUUCCUGGAGGCGAUGUCCACGCGGAGAUUUUCGUAGAGCCCAUCAAGUACCGCUGAAAUGAAUACCAUCAGCGAACAUUCCAGUUUCACCGGAACAGCAUUGAAACCCAUGCCACAGCCAGGAACAAGUAACAUUACUAGAGUUGAGAGCUCGGCAAAUGGUGAGAUUUCAAAUGGUGACAUGCUAAUGGUAUGCUUGAUGGCGGGUGUCGGUGGAUUAAUUUUUCUCGCCAUCGUAUCCUUUCUCGUCUUCAAUCACCAACGACGAUCCUCGCGUCGAAUCAGACCCGGCGAAAUACGUGCGAACAUCAGCCGUGUGAAAAGCGCCAGUAACAUCAAUGGCUAUGACGCCGUAUACAACGGCGAGGAAAGCCGUGCGGCAGCCAAGAGUGGGUCUGAUUGCAAGUGCAAGAAAAAACAGAGAUUGGUGAGCAAAACGUCAAGUCUGCCAUCCAUGUUAACCGUGCACAGCGACAUGAUUCAUAGCAACAUCUCGUCGUUCUGCGCUGCAAGGCCCCAGAACGUUUACGUUGAGGACAAUGACAACAGCAAGUUCUGCACUGCGAUGCAGAAUAGUGUUUUCGCCGUGGAUAAUGACUUUAUCACUUACUGCGAUGCCGAAGAGUGUGUUGUUCCAUGGGUACAGUCCAGAGACAACUGUGACAACACUCUAACGCAGAAUGAAGCAUACAGGUCUUUGAACCAAGUCAACACAAAUGACAAAACUGGAAAAGGCCGGACGUCGAGUGAUUCUCAGACAGUGCAGUCAAUGUGGUCUUUGCAGAGCCUCGACCUGGAUUGUGUCUACUCGUCCGUUGGCAACCGUGUAGAGCGAUACGGCUCCUUAGGGAGCCGGAAUGCUCAGCCCAGCAAAACCACGAAUGACCAGUACGCCGCAGUGAACUGCCGUAAACGCAACCUUAGUUCCAGUGUAUCACUUCCCGGAAGACAUGAACGCAGGGACUCCGGACAUUCUCCUUACGAAAAAACAUACGCCUCCCAUCAUGAUCUUCACAACACCUGGGAUAAACCUCAGCACCGCACGCGAAGCCCCAAUCGCCGUGCAAGAGUUAGGCGGCAUUCAUCAAGCAUGGGAACCUCCGGUGCAGGUCCGUGUCAGUCCCACCUAGCAAUGUUCUCAUGUUCUAGCAGUCAAUUGGCUAAACAUGAUGAAUGGAGGAAUGGUUUCGCCAAUGGUUUAUCUGACGAUUGGCAUGCUGGGAAAGUCAGUUCAGGCAGUCAUGGUCUGAACCCCGCCCAGCCUGGUGCUGAAGAAGACCUCGGCUACAACCAUUCUUCAAAUCCAGCCGUCACCAAUAAGGACCCUGGUUAUGUUAGGUACCGGAAUACAAGGAGGGCCGAGCGGUCCAGACUUUACUCAGCAAUGCAUCUUGAACCCUCGCAUGGCUAUGCAACCGUGCCGCAUCGUAAGAAGCUAUCCACUGUGAGCGAGCGAACCUUGGAAGGCAAUGGAAACUGCUCCGUCGCCACCGAUGAUUCUCCUAAUUAUGAUGAUCACAAGCAGAAUUUCACUGAAGCCGAAGGCCGCAAUUGGCAAGAUAUCGUGAGAAAGUCCAAAUCUGAGAGUGUUCUUGAUUCUGAGAAUACCUACAACUUCCCUGCCAAGACAUUUGAUAAAUGUUCCAAUCUUGUCUGCCGCGGGAAUAGCACAGAGUCUAAGGAAAAGGUUUCGGACACUGUCAAGGAUGACCCAGACCAACAACCGCAUGUGAUGUUGACUGGCAUGACUUCGGGAAGCGUAGGCACGAAAGGGUCAGCUCGUGACAUCGACGCAUGCCUUCCUAGUGCCAUGAGCGCUGCUAGUGGGCAGGGUCAUAUCACAUCAACUGAGGGUGCCUUGAUCGGUGGCGUCUCAGCUGUAGCCCGCAGUUUCUCAUUGAGCAGCAUGGUGCAAAAGGCUUUACCAAGGUGGCUGUCACGCACCCGGAGUUCCACUUCUCCGCCGUCUUACAGCAACUCCGCUCACAGCAAUGUUGGAAGCGCGUGGGAUCUGAGCAAACUGACUAAAGAUCGCAGCGUUGUCAUGACGGGAUCAGCCUCGAUCCACACUGCAACAACAGUUCCAGGACAUUUCGUGUCUGCUUUGUCUGACGACUCCUUCUCUACACACAUAGCACAAGCUAAUGAAGACCGGUAUGUGCUAGACUUAAGAAGCGGAGACACGGCUCCGGAUAAAGCUACCUGCCCAGCUGAGCAUGCCGUCUGUAGUACACAAGUAAGCUAUGUGACUCUCUGCGAUUCCAACAAGAACCUGGUAGCUGAUGCCAGCGAGCAUCACCAGUACUCGUACUCAGCAGUUGGAGAUGUUUGGGCGGAAAUCAAACCUGGAGUAACACUCGAGGCGUGGAGAGAUACGGGGGCAGGCGCCGUCUCACGAGGAACAGCUUAUGUUGAUCUCUCUAACAUGGCCGCUCAGCGGGGUGUUGUCUUUGCAGGGAACAAGGAUGGUGGGAAUGAAUGCAUUCCCUGUCCUACUGCGGACAUGGUUUAGUCAUCUGAAUCCAAAAUUCAACCAAGAGUGAAGGACUUAAUCACCAUCACAAGCACAGAUUCGGUGAACACAUGACUCUCGUUGUUCCCAGAUGUCACUGUAUUUGUGCUGUUUCAGAGUGGCUUUGCCCCCGGCAGCGGAGCAUGGGCCGACAAACAUUGGCUUAUCUAAACGAGGCUUGUAGAUCGGAAGUUUGUUUGCCCAAGGGACGUCUAACAUUCUCAGCGAUGGAGAGACGGUCUAAAGAAGAUCACCCACACGGGACUAGUGGAAGCAACAAUGGCAGCAGCACCAACUUCAGCAAGAGCACAAACAGAUGCACAAGCACCAGCACCAGCAGCAGUGGUAUUACCAGCGACAACAGCAGCAGUAGGAUUACAAGCAGCAGAACCAGCGGCAGCGGAUGAUAAAUCGCAUCGUACACCGGUGAACAAGUUUGGAUUUAAAAAGUCAUGUUGCUUAGGAAUCAGUAAAGGGCUGAGUUUUGUCAUAAUAUAAUCACAUGCCCUUUUUAGUUAUGUAUUUAUCCCAAAUAAUAUAUUUUGGGAUUUAGAUUAUUCAAAUUUAUGUUGCUGAGUUUACCAAUACACUGCGAUUUAUAGCUAUAGUCUGCGCAGGGAACGCCGCCUUGGUAUGUACAUGAGGUCGCACACACCCACGCACACACACACACACACACACACACGCACGCACACACACACACACACACACACACACACACACACACACACACACACACACACACACACACACACACACACAUACACCCACACACACACACACACAAACACAGCCAUACAAAGAUGCACGAAGAAACACACGCACGUGUACAUAUCCACAUGUGCAAACACACAAACCGCACAUCCUCACCUACUAUGCACAUACCCACUGGCAUUUGCUUAUCCAUGUGCACAUAUCAACCUACUCUCAACUUCCAUUUUCAUUUGGAGAACACAUCUUUGGUCCGUAUUAUAGUCUGUGCCAAGCAGUCACGUAUCACCUUUCUACGCUUCCUUGCUAGACUCAUUCUGGAACUGUUUGUAAAAUUAAUACUGAUAGCUUGUCCUUUCUGUUA